CUUGUGGCUGGUCCCCAAUUGGACUGACUGUCCUGACCAAAUCUCCCAUUGUUGUUUUUCCUCUGAAAUUGUCAUUCCAGAAUGAUGUUUUUCCUUUUGAAUCCUUGAACUAUUUACUGUUGGUGCCAUCUCCAUGGCUCUAUCUGCAGUUUUUGCCCUUCCAAUCUUUCUAAGUAUUUUCUCCUAGAUCUUAUUAAGUAGUUUGAGUCAGUUACACAGUUGUGCCUGGAUUACUGGUACACAGGCAGUUAAAUCCCUGGAUUGUGUGUCAAAGGCAAGCUUACAGCAGGGGUUACAGUAGCCCAUUAAUUUAAAAGUGACAGAAUUUUGGAGCUCACUCAUCACAUUGUUUUGGGGGGAUCUCAUCUCAGUUGUAACAGGACACUCAAAAAAUAGUUCCCUAACUUGAGUUGUUGGUACUGGUUCUUUUUUGGGUUUUCUGGUUAAAAAUAUUUUGGAUCAGGCAAGUUGGCACUUCUCUAGUCUUACAGUCUGGGAGAUUCUGUGGGAAGUGAAGCUAGGUGAAGCCUUUGACUUCAGGAUCAUAGUUUCCAGAUGAACCUAGUUUAGUAACCACUGAAGUUACUUCUGUACUGGAGCUGUGUGAUGGUCUUCACAAGCUGGGCUGUUGGAACAUCUCACAGCAGUGCCUUUGCUUAAUGUGGCACUGCCUCACUCUUUGUCUUGACACUGGCAGCCUCGCUGCUGGGCUGCAGGGAGCACGAGCCAGCCAUGGGAAACGAGUAACUCCCUUGAUCAUAGAAGUGGUCCUGCUGGGGUACAUCUGAGUUGCAUGUGCAGGAAGUGGUGAAGAAGCGAAGUUCAUGUUGUGACUUCCCGUGCCACAUGUGCUCUGCUGAUGAAAAGCAGGCUUUGGUUUGCAGGCUGUCUGGUACGUUUCAGGCUCCUGAGUUAUGAACACAGAGGAAGGCUCUGCUCUGCCACCAAUACAGUAUGGAAGCCAUCGCCAAGUUUGAUUUCACUGCUUCUGGAGAGGAUGAGCUGAGUUUCCAGGCUGGGGAUAUCCUGAAGGUUUUGAGCUCCCAGGAAGAGUGGUACAAAGCUGAACUCCGAAGCCAAGAGGGCUAUGUUCCUAAGAACUUCAUUGAUUUCCAAGUUCCCCCCUGGUUUGAUGAGAAGAUAUCCCGCCACGAAGCUGAGAGCAUCCUCAUGAGCAAAGGAGUUGGUUCUUUCAUUGUCCGAGCCAGUCAGAACUCUCACGGUGACUUCUCCAUCUCUGUCAGGCAUGAAGAUGAUGUACAACACUUCAAAGUGAUGAGGGACUCAAAGGGAAACUAUUACUUGUGGACAGAGAAAUUCUACUCACUGAACAAGCUGGUAGACUACUACAGGACAAGUACUAUCUCCAGGCAGAAGCAGAUUCUCCUGAGGGACGACAGCCGAGAAGAGAAGGAAAGGCGUGGUGGGAGCCUGGAACGAAUGAGCCGGGAUGGACUCCAUGUGGGUGGAGCAGCUGGAGAAGCUCAUUCUUCUAUCUCCAAGAGAUAUGUGGACCAUCCUGUCCCCAUGUUGCACCAGCAACAGGAUAGGUACGGGGGGAGCCUGGACAGGAAAGAUGCACUGCAUGGACUAAGAUAUCAUAGCCAAGGAAGUGCAGCAGCUAUGCAACGCAGACACACGGACCCACUGCACCAGCAGACACCGCGAAUACUAUGGGUCCGUGCCUUGUACGACUUUGAUGCUGUGGAACAUGAUGAGCUGGGCUUUCGCAGCGGAGACAUCGUAGAAGUCCUAGACAGCUCCAACCCAUCAUGGUGGAAGGGACGUCUGCGUGGGGAACUGGGUCUCUUCCCUGCCAACUACGUCACACCGGUGCUACUGUGAGGCUGCAUUUGUGCCCCAGAGGUUCAUAUCAGAGCUGCUUAUCUGACAUGACAGGGACAGAGAAGGAGUGCAUCUUCCCUUGUCCCCAGGACAUUUGGUGGUUUUGGUUUUGUCUUAAUUUAUUGGCAAUUGAUCUUUCGAGACGCUGGUAAGAAAGAGAACCCUCUGAAGGAUUUUGUUUCCCUGUUUUGCAUGUUCAUGACUGAGAGGGGAGCAAGAAUCCUGGACUGUUGAUUGAAAUCUUGCUGGAUCCUCCCUGCCCAUCAUUCGUUUGUUUAAGUAUUGAUAACUUCCUGCAGUUGGGUUCGUUCAGUGGAAAUGGCACCUCAGAGAAAUCAGGCUUUGGUAUCUGGGUAGAACCUACCCCUUUUAUUUUGGAUCUGGUUGCAUUUAUAGUCCAUUCAAGCUCUGUUUCACCUUUCUUUCAGAGGUAGGACAAGUGCCCAGGUGAAUAAAAUGAUGACUGGUAAUCACAUUUCAUUUAGAUAGGGACGAAAAGUCCUCAGGCUGAGGCACAAGGCAACCAUGACUUUUCUAAAUAUUUUUUGGCUUCCACCUCUAGCACUUUCUGUGGGCUUAGACUCUGUGGAUACCAGGUGAAGGGGUGAAAUCCUGUAAGUUUUUGUACAAACAACCUGGUGAUGAAGAUAUGGGAGGGUGAGAAGCUAAUUUCAGUGCUUCUACAGACAGUAGAAGACAGUCUGUGGAAGCACUACAGACAGUCCUGCUGUCCUGCACUUCUGUCUGCACCCUAUUGCAACAAUCUGUCUCAUUUUCAAGCUGCUUUCCAAGGUACCUGUGCAUCCUUGUAGAUGUCCUGGUUAUAGAGCAGAUCAAGCCCUUCAGCUAAAUGAAUAUCCUCUGGAUUGAAUAACAGUGGGCAAGCCUUACUGGUUCCUUUCUAAAACUGCACUGGGGAGGGGCUGGGAAGAAGAGGUUUUUCAGGUUUGGUGCCAGAAGUUCUGUCCCUGAGAAGGUGGGGUGUUCUGGAUCACUGAGUACACGGCUCUGACUUGCCAGUGGAAUGCCUCAUGCAAAUCAUUGAGCUGUUACUUUACAGUAUGCAGAGAAUAAAGUUGCGGCCAUUGAA